AAUAUUGUUCAACCGUGAAUGCUACUCCGUUUUCGUUGCAAAAAGUCACAGCGCUGAUGUUGCAACACGGUGUCAUUAAACUAGACGAUAUAUUGCCAUGGUUAGUGCCAGAUGAUAGGACCAUCAUUAAAGAACAUGAACAGGCAAUGAAACAAGCGAAAGAGUACGUUCGUAAGCUAAGUGUGAUUUCCACUAAGGAUAAAGAAGAGGUGCCGGAAGAGAAAGAGAACCCACAGGAUAAGUACGCGAGCAAUCAAAAGUUCGGAUUAUGCGAAGCAUUGUUAGAAAUAGGAGCCUGGGAAGUAGCACAAAACCUAUUCAAUCGAUUACCAGAACACAGUCUUACCGAUCAACGUCCAAUCGCGUUGUCACUGUGCAAAAUGAUUCAGUCUCUUAUCGAACCUAUUUAUCGCAAAAAUUGUAUCAUAUCACCGAAAAUACAAGGCAGAAGGGUUCCCCCUCUGAACAGCACGCUCGCCCCGAAAUCGAUAGAAGAUCUCGAAGCGAUUCACGAUCAAUUGUUGCCGAUGCUCAUCGUUCUUGGUCCGAAUCUGCACCACGAUCCCGUUUUAAUGUACAAAAUAAUGAGGUUAUGUCAUGCGGCCAUAAAGCAGUGCCCGUUGGAUUCGAACAAGCAGCCGGUCGACAAAAAUAAUAACCUGUACUACGACGUGCUGACCAUACUUGACGUGGCAUUGCUGCCCUCGUUGUCGUUUAUGGACUGCAACUGUUGCGUCGCGGAGGAGCUUUGGAACAUUCUAAAGUAUUAUCCAUAUCAGAACCGUUACUGUUUGUACGCCCGUUGGAAGAACGAUACGCCUCUGCAGCAUGCAGCUCUGUUACGAAAGCGAGCAGAUGCACAGAAAAAGAUCAAAUCCAUCAUGAAGAGAGUGAGCAAGGAAACUAUCAAACCUGUGGGAAGAUCGAUAGGCAAAUUGACUCACUCGUCACCUGGUGUUUUAUUCGAUUAUGUUCUUAUACAGAUCCAGUUGUACGACAACCUCAUAGGACCUGUUGUUGAUUCCCUAAAAUACCUGACGAACAUUUCGUACGAUGUACUUGGUUACUGUCUCGUGGAAGCACUGGCUGGUGCCGACAGAGACAGAUUUAAGCACGAUGGCACUAGCAUAUCCCUUUGGCUCCAGUCUCUCGCUUCAUUCUGUGGAGCUAUAUUCAAGAAAUAUAACAUCGAACUUACUGGUUUGCUGCAGUAUGUGGCUAAUCAACUCAAGGCACAAAAAAGCUUAGAUUUAUUAAUAUUGAAAGAGAUAGUACAAAAGAUGGCAGGUAUCGAAGCUGCUGAAGAGAUGACUUCGGAUCAGUUGGACGCUAUGGCAGGUGGUGACUUACUAAAAAACGAGGCCGGUUACUUCAGCCAAGUACGAAAUACAAAAAAAUCGUCUCAACGAUUAAAGGAAGCUCUUGCCGAGCACGAUCUUGCUGUUGCUUUGUGUCUCUUGAUGGCGCAACAAAAACACUGUGUUGUGUACAGGGAAACGGAUAAAUCUCACCUUAAACUUGUUGGAAAAUUGUACGAUCAGUGUCAAGAUACGUUGGUACAAUUUGGAACGUUCUUGGGCUCGACGAUGACUGUGGACGAAUAUGUGGAGAGACUUCCCUCCAUACAUUCUAUGCUGCAGGACAAUCACAUACAUUCUGACGUUGCAUUUUUCCUCGCGAGACCGAUGUUCGCGCACGCUAUUAACAUUAAAUACGAUGCCCUGCGUAAAGCUGACCCGAAUUACAAGAAAAUGUCCACCGCCAUGAAGCAAGCAAAGUACGCGGAAGCUGCGCAAGCUGUGAUGGCACCUGUUGCUCAAUCCGUUCGGCCGUUGCAUCCUCUGAAAGUGUGGGAGGACAUAUCACCUCAAUUUCUGGUGACCUUUUGGUCCCUGUCCAUGUACGAUUUGUAUGUUCCUGUUGAAAGUUAUCAACGAGAGAUUAAUAAAUUGAAGCAACUCGCGGCGCAAAGUGCCGAUUCCAAAGAUGUGAAUGUUGGCAAAGGGAAGAAGGAGCAAGAAAGAUACACUACUCUAAUCGAGAAGUUACAGGAUGAAAGGAGAAAGCAAGAAGAGCACGUUGAGAAAGUGUUUGCAUACCUCAGACAAGAGAAGGAUACAUGGUUCUUGUCACGAAGCGCGAAAUCAGCGAAAAACGAAACGAUAACACAAUUCCUUCAGUUGUGCCUGUUUCCCAGAUGUACAUUCACCACUGUGGAUGCCAUGUAUUGUGCGAAGUUCGUUCACACUAUACAUUCUUUAAAGACUGCAAAUUUUUCGACACUACUUUGCUACGACAGACUUUUCUGUGAUAUAACAUAUUCAGUUACCUCGUGCACCGAAAACGAAGCAAAUCGUUACGGGAGAUUUUUGUGCGCCAUGCUAGAAACCGUGAUGAGAUGGCAUUCUGAGAAAGCCAUAUUCGACAAGGAAUGUAGCAAUUAUCCAGGAUUUGUAACGAAAUUUCGCGUCAGCAACCAAUUCUCCGAAGCGAAUGACAUGGUAGGAUUUGAAAAUUACAGGCACGUGUGCCACAAAUGGCAUUACAAGAUUACGAAGGCUAUCGUAGUUUGUCUGGAUUCCAAGGAUUAUGUACAAAUAAGAAAUUCCUUAAUAAUAUUAAUAAAAAUAUUGCCGCAUUUCCCUGUGCUGGCCAAGUUGUCUCAAAUCCUCGAACGAAAAGUGGAGAAGGUGAGGGAAGAGGAGCGUGGACAACGCCAGGAUCUGCAUGUUUUGGCCACUUCGUAUAGUGGCCAAUUAAAAGCAAAAACUCCAAAUAUGAUUCGAGAGGCAGACUUUCAUCAUGUGGGAGACAAGGCUGGAAAGACGCAAGAUACUGCAAACAGUGAUACGUCGGAAAAAGCAACCGAUGGGAUGUCCAGUAAAGAGAUUACAAAUGGCGACACCCGGAUAGAGAAGGAGAAUAAGGAGCAACGAGAGAAACGAAGCGCAUCGAAUCAACUGUACCACGAAAGCUCGGAGAAAGUUAGAAAGAAAGAGGAGAGCAAGGAAAGUUCAGAGGGAAAGGACAAGCAUGUAAAAAAGGAGGAGGUUAAGGAAGAUGAUUCGCUGGAUAAGAAGGAUCGUAAAUACUACAAAGAGGAACAUUACUAUAAUACUGGUGUAGACAAUUUAGAUCGAGAUCUUUCUAGUGUAUCGAAUAGUAGCGCUAGUUCCGGACCAACGCAAGAUGGAUCUGACAGAGAUGCCAAAAGAAGAAAAAUUGAAACUAUUCAAAAGGAGGGAAGACGCGCGGAAGGCACUUUGGAUAAGAAAGAACGCUCAAGCAAAAGCAAAAUAAGGGAAGAACAGAAAGAACUACGCAGAGAAAAGAAAGUGGGACGGAAAAGGGACAGAGCAGAGGAAUCAGCAGUUACAACCGAACAAAAACGAAGAAAAGAUGACGAACGAGCGAAAGGAACCCAUCAAAAUGGCGAUAUCCCCGAACACAGAGAAAAACAUCAUUACAACAAGUUGAUAAAGACGUCCGCUUCGAGUACAUUGAAAAGACGAAAUGGGAGACAAUAGCAAAGACCAGAAAAAAUAGGAAAAGUCACCCUACGCAAAGGAACGUACUCAUGAACGGGAAGGUCGCGAAGGCAGAGACAAAC